AUGCCCUCUGCAUGUGAGUUUCCAAAUGUAAACCCGUAUGAAACUAGCGUAAUGGAGAUAGCUGGACUAGACCUAGAGACGAUGAGCUGUGAGGGUACGUUCAAACCAGACCUGACCUACAUCACAGAAGCUCAUGAACUCAAAGUCAACACAGAAAAAGUUGAAGAAUAUUUUAAAAUUAGCGAUUUUCAACAUUGUAGAUAUCGACACAUCUUUCGCAACGAAACGAAUGAUAAUAGUUUUAAAUACAGUGAGUGGUCCAAACCUUUCAGAGACAAAGUCGAUCUUCCUGAAGAUGCUGAAUUUUUAAAGGUGGAGUGCACAAACAAGACAUUCGAAGUUGUAUCAAAAACAUUCUUUUGUCUCGUCCCAAAGCACAAUGAAUUUGAUGAAACAGAUUUAUUGAAUUUCAAGAAGCGUCAAGUUAUCUCGUCUCCGAAAGAAACAUUAAAUAUAAUUAUGAUAGGCAUGGACAGUUUGCCCAGAAAUCAGUUUCUAAGAGGUUGUAACAAGACGUACUCGUAUCUAAUAAAUUCACUGAAAUCAUUUGAUCUAACGAUGCAUUCACAACUAGGGGAAAAUACUUUCCCAAACUUUUUGCCAUUAUUCGGUGGAACUUCGUAUGAUGAGAUCAUGAAGUGGUGGUCUGAUGAAAAUUAUAUGGAUACUUUUGAUCUUAUAUUUAGCACCUUUGAAAAAGCUGGAUAUCAGACAUUAUACACCGAAGAUUGGCCACGCAUUGGGGCUUUUCAUUAUCUAAAGAAAGGUUUCAGACGCCCGUUUGCCAGAUACAAUACAAGACCAUUAACUCUAGCAAUGUCUGACGAGAAAGAUAUCUGGGAAUAUGACUCGUACUGCGCCGGUAACCAGUUGGAAAUGUCAUUUCUGUUGGAUUAUGUCAGUCGCUUUCUUCAGACGUUUCGGAACAAACCUGUUUUUGUUGUGGCAAUGCUCGGAAAGCCAACGCAUGACCAACCUACAGACGCCAAAAUGUUUGAUGAACAUCUUUUAAAUUUCUACCGGUCGUUGAAUCAAAGCGGCCACCUGAACAACUCUUUAUUAGUUUCCUUUUCAGAUCAUGGUGUCAGAUGGGGACCAUUGAGAAACUCUAGGAAUGGAGUUGUUGAAAGUCGUACCCCAUACACCAUCCUGACUUUCCCGGGCUGGUUUCUGAGAAAGUACCCGGAUGUGGCUACAAACCUAAAGGUCAACACUAAACGUCUGACAUCUCAUUUCGACACUCAUGCAACUCUUUUGGACCUGCUCUACUUCAAAAGUGACACACCACCUCCCCUUGCACCUCUUAGACACGGGAUUAGUCUCUUUGAGAAGAUUUCAUGGGACAGGACUUGUGUGAAUGCCUCAAUUCCUCAAGAAUAUUGCUUGUGUGGGUAUAAAAGUCUCGAGGAACUCCAUGUUACAUCACAUAUUUCAAAAACUUUGGCGAGUCUUGUGAUCGACGCAAUAAAUUCAAAAACAAAUACAAGUAUAUGCUCAGUAUUCAAACUUCGUAAAGUUAUUCGCAUCCUUAAAGUCACGCUAAAUGAAAACAAAUCUACAGGGGAAACUGAAAAGACGAUAUACAAAGUAAAACUAGCAGCUACACCAGGUGAUGCCGUUUUCGAAGGUAAUGUUUAUGCACCGGUAAAUAAUAUUGAACAUUUCACAGUGCAUAGCGAAAUCCACCGGCUGAAUCUGUAUAGGGGGCAGGCUGACUGUAUGAACAUCGCUGCGUUGAGGCCAUUUUGUUAUUGUAAGAAUUUGAAAACAAAAUAG